AUGGAGAACUACCAGAAAAUCGAGAAGAUUGGUGAAGGAACGUAUGGUGUCGUUUACAAGGCUCGCGACCUCACUCAUGGCAACCGCAUUGUGGCUCUGAAGAAGAUUAGGCUGGAGGCGGAGGAUGAAGGCGUUCCAAGCACAGCCAUCCGCGAAAUUUCCCUGCUCAAGGAGAUGAGCGAUCCCAACAUUGUGCGACUCUUCAACAUCGUCCAUGCCGAUGGCCACAAGCUCUACCUCGUCUUCGAAUUCCUCGACCUCGACCUCAAGAAGUAUAUGGAGGCUCUUCCUGUCAGUGAAGGUGGACGUGGCAAAGCUCUCCCCGAAGGUUCUGCUUUGAGCAAGAACAUGGGUCUCGGGGAUGCUAUGGUCAAGAGGUUCAUGGCUCAACUAGUCGAGGGAAUUCGUUAUUGCCACAGCCACCGGAUUUUGCAUCGUGAUCUCAAACCCCAGAAUCUUUUGAUUGACCGUGAUGGUAACCUCAAGCUGGCGGACUUUGGCUUGGCGAGAGCGUUUGGUGUUCCUCUGAGGACUUACACCCAUGAGGUUGUAACUCUCUGGUACCGCUCUCCUGAAAUUCUUUUGGGUGGCCGUCAAUACUCCACCGGAGUUGAUAUGUGGUCUUGUGGUGCCAUCUUUGCAGAGAUGUGCACUCGCAAGCCACUCUUCCCCGGUGACUCUGAAAUUGACGAGAUCUUCAAAAUCUUCCGACUCCUCGGUACUCCGGAUGAAAAUGCCUGGCCCGGCGUCACUUCCUUCCCCGACUUCAAAUCGACGUUCCCCAAGUGGAAACGUGAUGAAACGCGGGCACUGGUCCCUGACCUCGAAGAAGAUGGUCUGGACCUCCUCGAUGCCCUGCUCGAGUAUGACCCAGCACGUCGUAUCUCAGCCAAACAAGCCUGCAUGCACCCCUACUUUAAAAACGGCAGCGCUUUCUAUUCCGGACGCACCCGGAGAAAUGGA